AUGCACCGCAAAAUGAAAUCGGAUUGGGAGAGUUUUACAAAAUUUUAUGCUUUCGACGAGAAAAAGUAUCCAUUGGAGCAGUUUUUCGCUGAUAUGAAGACCUUCAAGGAGCAAUACGAGGCGGUAUAUCGUGAGCUAGAAAUGGAGAAACUGAAAGAAGAGAAAGAACGCGAAGAUUCGAAGAAGAAGCGUCCCCGAGCAUUACCGCCAAUCAAGAACCCGGCUCGUGACGGCCUUACUCGGCUUCAGACAGCUGUGGAUUCUCCUGGUGUACUGGAUGAACUCGAUAAGAUGAUGGCAGUUGGUGGACUUGCAAAGCUACUGCAAGGAUCGCGGACGCCGAGAGCUACAGCAGGACGGACUAAGACAGGUACUUCAGUUGUUGUAUGCACGGGUUCUUUGGUUUCUGAAGAAUGCUCGAGAAAGAAGGAUUCCAGUUGCAGAGAAUCUCUGCAUAACUGUUUAAGUCGAGCGGCACUGCAACGACAGCGAUCACGCGGUGCUGAUUUUAUUCUUCGUGAAGCUCUCACUGGGGGUGAGCCUGACGCGAACAAAGUCCGAGCCCCAUUCUCAGUUCUCCCUCCUGCUCCAGAAAAGGUAGCACUAAGACCAGCUGAAAUAUCUCCAACCCACAAGGAGAACAGUGGUUCACCAACAACAGACGAGUUAUUGGCGCGACUUCAGCAGUACUGA